AUGUCGGCCGAGCAGCAGCCCGACCCGUGGUGGGGCAGUCAACGAGAUCCCUGGAGCAGGGCGAGCAAUGAUGAAGACGGUCGCCGCGCGGCUCAGACAGAGAUGGGUGCGUCUCCGGACGAUGGACAGUGGGAUACCGCCGCUCGGGCGGACCAAUCGGAAGCGCCUCCGCAGGGCGCGGGCUGGGGAGAUGUUGCCCCCAACCCUGUGGAAGCUCAGGAUUGGAGUGGGGAACCUCGUCGAGGAGAGGCACCGGAUGCAAGCAGCGAUGGGAGCACAGCAGACAAUGGCGCAAGCUCUUGGAAUGCCAGGAGGUCUUCGGACGGAUCCUGGAGCGGAGGGAACUCGUGGUCCCAGACUUCGUGGCGACAAGGGUGGCAUGGUGACUGGAACGGCUACGGCGGCUGGGGCCAGCCUUGGCAUAGCAACGGUUACUGGAACAACCCUACGACAUGGUGGACGGGUGCUCCCUGGAGCCCUCCGGCGAGGCGGUGGAGCGAUCCUACAACCAUGAACGGGAGUACCACCGGGACCCCGCCGACUACAGGCGAGCCUACAUCGGGCAUUACCUGGGGCACCGGGAACUCCUCUCCGGCGACUCCCGACGCGACGUCUACUACACGACCCACGGCUACCGGAACGGGAACAGCGAAGGCGGACUACGAACCCCGACCUGGCGGCCCUUCGGAGAAGAUCAUGGUCCCGGUCUUCCGAGGAGAAGGGGAGGGCGGAGAGCUAGGCAGCUCUGCCCGAAGCUACCUGCGUCAGGUGGCCGCUUGGGAAAGAAUGACGAAGUUGGGGGCAUCCCAGCGCACCCUCGUACUCUACCAACACCUCCAAGGUGCCGCCUGGAUAAACGCCGAGCAGCUCGCGGUUGACAGGUUGAGUUCCCCCGACGGUGUGGAGUACUUCAAGGCCUGGGUGACUCAGCACUACUUGGACAUCGAGGUGACCUCCAUCGGCAGGUCCUUGAGCGACCUGUUCAGGAAGCUCAAGAGGAGACCGGCUCAGACGUUCCGCGACUACGUUGCCGAGUACAACCGUCUCUCAGCGAGGGUGGCCGAGUGCGGAUGCCGGCUUCCUGACAUAGCCUCGGCAUGGCUGUUCGUGGAUCGGGCGAACCUUGAUGAGUCCACUGAGGUCAGUCUGCUGGCCUCAGUAGGGAACUGCUACAACCUCCAGCAGCUGCAGCAGGCCGCGAUCAUUUUGGAUCGCUCGAUGAGGAAACCCUGGGAGCGGACGGGUCGCACCAACACCGUCCACAUGACCGACGAGAUCGAGGACGAGGAAGAAGGCGAAGAGGAUCGGGUGCUACAGGACCUCGGCGAGCACGACAAUGGCGACCUCUACGACGCGGCCAAGGCCAGGGGAGUGGACGUGGAAGCCGUUCGCAAAACGGCAGAGCAAAAGGUGGCUUUGGCUAAAAGCAAAAGCCACUGCGCGGCGUGCGGGCAGAAGGGACAUUGGCAUCGGGACGCCAUAUGUCCUAAAAACAAAGCGGGAACAAGCAACCAGGACCCGAAGGCCCACAGCAUCCAUGUGACCAACGAGGUGUUCGAGUUGACCACCGCCCCAGGAGGACCCCUACUGGCCAUCACCGACACCGCAUGCUCCCGAUGCGUUGUGGGAACGGCCUGGCUACAGCGCUACAUCGACGACGUCAAGGCCCAAGCCGGAGGUGACGGACACAAGGCCUACCCCUACGAGUUCAUCAAUGAAAAGGAGUCUUUCCGAUUCGGGGCGAGCCGGGUCUACGAGUCGAGCUAUGCAGCUGUGAUUCUCACCAAGGUCGGCGGGACUUGGUUGGCAGUCAAGGCCGCGGUCAUCUACGGCGACAUCCCACUACUUCUCUCGCGCCCCCUGUUGGCGAGUCUGGGCAUGAUGUUCGAUGUUGAGCACAAUGUCGCGAACUUUAGAAAGAUCAAUGUUGAGGGGCUUAAGCUGGCCUCCACUCCCUCAGGACACCCGGCCCUGAUGGUACAGUGUAUCGGCAGCUCCGCCAUCGAUCCCAACUCUGUGCCCAAGGCAUGGGGGAACAAGGAACUCGAGAUCCUGAAGACCCGCGGUGCCUACAUGAGUUUCGUGGUGGGACAUGGGGAAGCUGUACUACGGGAGUCUGAGCAGGGAGAGGUGCACGAAGGUGAAAGGCAGGCUGUUGUAGGGAACCCCAACCUGUUCUAUGCCAAGAAGAUAUCCCCUGCCAUCUACGAGGCCCUGGUAGCUGACUCGCUCAACAUGAAUACAUUCCUGGGUUGGUGGAACUCUACGGCCAUUUCCAACGACUUCUGGAUAGAAACCGAGCACAAACUUAUCAGGGUCCAUGUGACUCCCCGUAAGUCCUUCUUCUGUGCAACUAGGAUGACCAAGGUGGAGUUACAGCAGGAAUGUGCGAGGCUGGGCAUCGCAUUCCACCCACGGUGGACUGUACCGGAGCUCCGCCACCUCCUGACCGAGCACAACGAGAUUGCGCCGAUGUUUCCGAAGCGCCUGACCUCCAUGUCCCUACCGGAACUACGAGCGGAAGCGGAGGCCAUCGGGAUCGGCUACGGACCGAAGGAGACGAAGGGGAGCCUCAUGCUGCGGAUCCGCGAUGCCGUGGCACCGGGCCCGGCGCGAGCGAACGGGAGGUAUGUCACGUGGCGGCGGGAGAAGAAGGAGCAGCAGGCGACGACCUACACCGGGGGAGCGACGGGGAGUACGUCAGCCUGGUCCGUGGUGAACGAGCCGCCGAGUGGCAAGGCCGUUGCCCCACAGCCGGUCGUACCGAAGAGGGGACGUUCCGAGGGAGGUGGAGAGCGAGAUACAGGAACUCGAGACGCGUCUGGCCGUCGUGAAGGAUCGUCACGGACUGGGGGCCCAACCUGGGCGACGCUGAGAAAGGAUGCCUGUACGGACCACGACACCACGGAGACCGGGGGAGGCUGCACUGGUAAUCAUGAAGGCCGAAAUCGGGAUCAGCACCACGAGCACUACGAGCCCGCUAUUGUUGAGAGAGGAGGGACGUGCGACAAGGCUAUCCAGCAGAACCACCACGACGGUGACGAGACCCACAGUGGAACCGCGGAGCGCAACGAGGCAAUCCCCCAGGACUACCACGAUGGCGUCGAGGACCACGAUACAGUCACGGAGCACAACCAGGCAAUCCCUCAGGACUACCACGAUGACGGCGAGAUCUACAGUGGAGGCAUGGAGCACAAUGAGGCAAACCCCCAGGACUAUCACGAUGGCGGCGGGACUCACAAUGCGGUCAUGGAGCGCAACAAGGCCAUCCCCCAGGACUACCGUGACGAUGGCGAGACCUCUAGAGGAACCAUGGAGCGCGACGAGGCAAUCCACCGGGACUACCACGAUGACGGCGAGAUCUACAAGGGUGGCCACGUCUUUCAGGACGAUGGAGGCUGCAACGGAAUAGCCUCAGAGCCAGAAGAGUUGGCCCACGCGAUGGUGGUGGACACGUUCCUGGUGGGAGCUGCACGGGGCGACAGGAAGGACAAGACCGUGGAGUGUGAGCUCCGAGCCAAGGAGGCCCUGGAUGACGAGGAUUACACCUAUGAGACCUUGGAGGAGGUCAUGGAGAUGAUUCCACAGCCUACACACUCCAAGCACCGGCGUGUGCACGGUGGUGCGGAACCUAGGGCACGACAUGUCUUCGGCUACUAUGCCCACGGAGGCUUCGGUGGCAUAUGCAGGCGAUCCUUCGAGUACCCCAACCUCGUCCGGUACCUGAACACAUUCUUACGAAGCCAAGUUAGAGACGAUCUGAAGGAGGCCGGUGAAUGGAAUGCCAUCAGCGUGCUGGAGAAUGUACCCUCCAGCGUGCACACCGACAAUAAUAACUACCCCGGCACCUACAACUACGCGGUUUCGACAGGUGCCUAUGUCGGGGGAGAAUUGUGGGUGCAGCGGGCCGGCGGAGGAGUGUGGAAGCGGGGAAAGGGAG